UCUUUGUGGCUAAGGUCCGCUGCCCCGGCUGCUCCUGCUCUGUAGCUGGGGCUCCGUUCGGCGGGAAGGUGUGUGGCAGAUCCUGAAGAGACCCCCCUCAGCCGCCGCUUUCGGCUGGACAGCCCUGUGGUGCCCCCUCGGGCACGCGCCUACGCCGCGCUUUAACCCGGAAGCUAAAAAUAGGGAAAGAAGAGGUUACUUAGGAAACUCCUCCCCAAGCACAAAACCCAACUGUACUAAGCUUUUUGUAAGCUAUUUCAGCCCAGAAUGACUAUGGAAUCCAGAGCAAUUUCAACUUUAAAACCUCAGGAUAAUCAAGAAGAGUUAAUACUAGUGAAAAUAGAAGAUAGUAGCUUUUCUUGGAGUCAGAAAUGUAAACAGAAUGGGAGUGCCCAGUCUUGCCAAGAACUAUUUCGUCAGCAAUUCAGGAAGUUUUGCUAUCAUGAAACACCUGGGCCCCGCGAGGCUCUGGGACGACUCCAGGAACUCUGCCAUCAGUGGCUAAUGCCAGAAUUGCACACGAAGGAGCAGAUCCUAGAACUGCUAGUGCUGGAGCAGUUCCUGAGCAUCCUACCUGAAGAGCUGAGACUAUGGGUUCAACAGCAUGCUCCAAAAAGUGGUGAGGAAGCGGUGAUUUUGCUGGAGGAUUUGGAGAAAGAGUUUGAUGAUCCAGGGCAGCAGGUCCCAGAUAAUCUACAAGGACCAUCAGUGUCAUGGAAAGAUUUGUCAUAUCUCAGAACAUCCCAAGAUUCAACAAGCAUCCAAGUCCGGCCUUUGAAGACACAGCUGAAAUCCUGGAAACCUUGUCUUUCCUCUAAAAGUGAUCCUAAGAAUAAUGAAACAACAGCAACAGAAGACAUUUCAGAAGAAAAAGAACCAGAACUCUCUUGGGAUCCUUCAUUUAGAGGUGUCAGUGAGCACAAAAGCAAUUUAGAGUGGCAGCAAAGAAGUUCCCCUCUCCACAGGGGCAGUUUUAGUCAAGUGAUCUUCACACACAAAUCCUUAGCAAAGAGAGACCAUCAUGAUGAAUCUCAAAGAUGCUUGAUUCUAAGUACAAACUCUGUAACAUGUCAGAAAGUUUCUACUGAUGAUAGACCUUACAGAUGUGAUGUAUGUGGGCAUAGCUUUAAACAACAUUUCUCUCUAACACAACAUCAGAGAAUACAUACUGGAGAAAAGCCCUAUAAAUGUAAUCAGUGUGGGAAGGCCUUUAGUCUGAGGUCAUAUCUUAUUAUUCAUCAGAAAAUCCAUAGUGGUGAAAAAGCGUAUGAAUGCAAUGAAUGUGGAAAAGCUUUCAAUCAGAGCUCAGCUCUCACUAGACAUCGGAAAAUUCAUACAGGUGAGAAAGCUUGUAAAUGUAAUGAGUGUGGAAAAGCAUUCAGUCAAAGUUCUUACUUAAUUAUACAUCAAAGAAUUCACACUGGUGAGAAACCCUACGGGUGUACUGAAUGUGGGAAAACCUUUAGCCAGAGCUCAAAGCUUAUUAGACAUCAGCGAAUUCAUACAGGAGAGAGACCAUACGAAUGUAAUGAAUGUGGAAAAGCUUUCAAGCAGAGCUCAGAGCUGAUUACUCAUCAGAGGAUACACAGUGGAGAGAAACCUUAUGAAUGUAAUGAGUGUGGAAAAGCCUUCAGUCUGAAUUCAAACCUCAUAAGACAUCAGAGAAUCCACAGUGGAGAGGAGCCUUAUCAGUGUAAUGACUGUGGCAAAACCUUCAAAAGGAGCUCAGCCCUUGUUCAGCACCAGAGAAUCCACUCUUAUAUAUGUAAUGAAUAUGUAAUGAAUGUGGGAAGGCUUUUAGGCACAGGUCAGUGUUGAUGCGCCAUCAGAGAGUCCACGCUAUUAAGUAACUUAAUACAAUGAUUCGUAAAUACAUUGGUAUAUUUUUCUCUGUCUGAAAAGGUUGACUUUGGAGCACAAUUCCAUAAAGGUAGUUUUUUAAAAAAACAGUCUUUAGUCAAUCUAACUUGCUUUGUGCAGCACUUCCCCAAUGCUACUGAAAUUUUCUUUGAAACUUCCUGUGACUUACCAGAAAAAGAUAUAAGACCAUUACUUUGAAUUUUGCUCUUAGCAUUGGGAAUACUCAGGAAAAAAAAAAAAAGAAGAAGUAAUGCAAUAUUGAGACCUUAUUUUCUAUGAGAAUGUCAUGGGAAACAGCUUCAUUGUGCCACUCCAUCAGUGUACCAGGUUUGUGAGACAGGAUGGUUGGCAUUAAGAGACUGCUUAAAGAACUCAAAAGCUUUUACUCAGCAGUCAACAAGACAAGUGAGAAAAGUUUCAUUGAUGAUUUGUUGAUCUGAAGACAGACCCAAAAUGAAAUGAGCUUGAAAAGUAAAAGUUAAUUUAAUUUAUACAAGUGGAGAGUCUCAUCUGUUUCCCACUGUCAUGCUGGGAACUGAACUUAGGGCUUCAAAUGCUAGGCAAGUGGGCAGUCCUAUGUUAUUUUAUAAUUCUUGUUUUGUGUCAGGGACUAGGAAUAUAAUGGGGUUGGGGAAAAUGAUUUCUACAGUCUACUAGCUAUUACCAGUCAGGUAAUAACACUUAGUGUGGUCAGUCUAUUAUGACUUUUAAGAGUACUUCUUAAGCACUUUCCCCAUUUCCUUGUCCAAGAACUUGGAUAAGGAAAUUGAAAUAUGAAGAUUGAGGAGUUAACUAGGAAGGAAAACCAGGUAACAAGAAAGGAAGAGAUCUUUUUAUUUAAUGGCAGGAACAAGACAUAGAACAUUGCCUACUGAGGUCAGAAUUGCAUCACAUCUGUGAGAAGUAUGACUGCAGGCAGACUCAAGGACUGCAGAUGAGCCUAUGAAGAUAAAAACCUCAAGUCCUUAGCACCAUGAAGAGCUUUGUCUUGGUCAGUGUGCCCUAAUGGAGAAGGCUAAUAAGUGGUUUCCUGGCCCAAUCUGAGACAUUUAAAUUUCUACAGAAAGAAUGGUAGGAGUGGACUAUAGAAGAGAACAACCUAGAUAAAGACUAUGAGUUCGAUGGCAACUGUAUCUAAAGCUGCUUCUCCACCAUUUCUCCAUCUUAGCAUGACUGUGCUCGAGUGCUCAAAAAAUUGUCAAUUUCUGGGUCUUUGGCUUUUUCUCCAGAUAACUCACACAUGUUUUAUGUUAGCAAUAUUUAGCAGUAUCUUGGAAAAAAAAAUGUAAGGACCAUGCUCGAGAAGAAACAACAAAAGUAGUAACUACUGUUAGUCAGCACUUUCCCUCUUAGGAACCCCUCAGGAAGAAUACCAUAAGCCUAGUGCAUAGUGCAAGGGGGAGGUUGGUCAACUCAAGCCUCAUCAUGCCUGUACUCUGGACAGUGAGACAAAAGGUUGAAGCAUUCCUGGCAAUUUAAGCUACAUAAUAGGACCUAGGACCCCAUCUCAAAAUAUUGGGAAUAAAAAGCUGUUUGGAAGAAUAACAUACCAAACUCAAAUCUAUGUAGAAACAGAAAAAUAAUUUUUAUGAGGAUAUGAAAGUAAAAUUGUCUUAGACAUUUAUAGGUGAGUAUGUACUAACCAAUAAAAAUAAUGAGCCAAAUGCCUAAUGUAGAUGUUAAGUAGGAUAAUGUUUACAAAAGGAAAAUACUCUGGAGCUCUUACAAAGAUCAAGAGGAAAUGUAACAGGUGUUUGGCAAGAGCUUUGUGUAUGUGUUAGUCAUUAGUGCAAAUCUUAUUUUGUACAUAGGAAAUGGAGAUUUGUGAGCUACAAGGUCAGAACCCUAUUCUGGGAGCAUGUUACAUUGUCCAUGAAAAAGACUCACAAACAUUUAAACAGAUCCCAGAAGUGCCAGCCAACAAUCCAUAUGUCCAGUCGUACAACUUACAAUCAUAUUGGAGUAAGAAUGAAAGUGAUACUUGUUUUUCAUAUAAAGUUAACGACUCAAGCAAAUUGGGACUCUCUUGCUGACGGAUGUGAAUACAUAUCUCUGGCAACCAAUACCAGAAGCCUUAAGCACUGCCUUUGACUUUGAAAUUCUACCCAGAAAUAUACUUAAACCAAGAAUAUCCAGUCUUACAAGCUGUUAAAAAUGUGUUAAACAUUCAUAAUAUAUUAAAUAUACAGUCCAUACAAUAUGAUCCCAUGUAAAAACACAUGCAUUAAAAUAACAGAAAUACACAAUGUCAAGAUGUUACACUAGUUACUUGUGGGUGGUAAAGUUACAGGUAAUGUGAGCUUUUUUUUCUUAUUUCAAGUUUUACUACAAAACCUAAUACUGCUUAUAGAACAAAGGGCUAGAGAAUAUAAUUCAGUUAUAAAUCAUAAGCUUACUAUGUUUAAGGCUCCAGGCUUAAUCCCUAGAUCCCCAGCCCUGGGUGAGGCUGGUAAGGAACAGAAAAGCCCAAAAUUGUUGUUAAAGUAAGUACUUGCUUUCUAUAACAUCCCUGUCUCAAGUCAAACAAACUGAACUCUGAUCUUUCACUGUUGAUGAAUUCACACUUACCUGCUUUAUAAUAUUAAAAGAAUCCCCUUCAAACCUCCUGUGCAAGUAACUUACAUGUUUAAAGAUUUAUGGCUGAGAAAGUGUGUCUUGUAAGUGAUUAAGAGCUUUGGUCAUUAGUGCUUUUCCAUGAAUUCAGCAGUCAUAUAUGUUAUCUUGACUAUAUUCUCAUGUUAAAGAGAUGAAGAUGAUGAUCUUAUGUUUCAAUCGUUAUGAAAUGGAGCAGACACCAACAUCAGCUGAAAGAAAAAGUUGUUUUGUCUUUCAACAGCUUUUUUCUGAAAGAAAUUAACUAAUGCCCUUCUCUCUGCUCCAUGCUUUUUUCCAUCUUGCUCCAGUGGCUGUCUAAAAAGUCUAUAAAACAAGCACAUGCCUUACAUGGGCCUUAAAUCAGUUUCUUCCUCAUUUCCACCACCUGCAACCAAAACUGAGAGACUUGAACUUUUAAGGCAUUUGACAAUGGCCUAAUAACCCACUUUUGUUUGUGAACUGCCAAGGAGAAAGUCACAUCUCUUUGGCCAGCCUAGUCUUCGUGUGAAACCCUGUCUCAAAAUUACUCAAAACAUGGGACUAGAGAGACAUCUCAGUGGUUAAGAGCAGGGCUGUCCUUGCAGAGGAUCAGAGUUCCAUUCUCAGGACCACAUUGGGUGGUGUACCCCUGUAACUCCACGGGAAUCCAGUGUCCUCUUCUGGCUUCUCCAGGCAUUUGCAUUCACAUGCACAUAAUUUUAAAGUAGUCAUUCCAAAGGUCUUUCUUAGCUGUUAGUAUUGAAGGAGGAUAUCUAGGUAAAUUUAGUAUGAGAAUUUUAAAAGCUCUUGUUCUCAUCCCCUUCCUCCAACAAUUCAAGCUUAAAGUCUGUGCUUCCUGAUGCUGUUUGUUUAAUCCAGGAAAUAGAGCAGAAAGAGAAGUCUGCUACUUCUCUUUCCACCCUCCAGCUUAACUCCAUUCAUGCUGUUCUGUUCUUUACCUGAAUGAUUUAAGAGCAACACUUUAAAAUUUCAGUUUUAUUACAUUCCCAUUACAUGCUGAUACUGCUAAGCAGUUGAAGUGCAAACUGAAUAUAAAUGUUAAAUUACUAAAGAUUCUUACCAAAAAUAUUAGAAUUAGGGAAAAACUCUAAUAGGAAGUAGUUCAAAAGUUAAUUUUGCUAAGGGUAAUGGAGUUAUGGAUGACUUAUCAACACAAUUAGAAAAGGGAUUAAAUGAUAUUUAAAACAUUGAAUCAUUUGUCACCUGUAAGAAAAGGCAGUUCACUGUCCAUUUGAAUGAUCCCUUUAUGGUAGAUCUUAGAUGAUAAUUGCACAACCUUUGGAAGUGAGAACCAUAUCCAAUGUUACCUCCCCUACUCAGAAUAGCUAUUAUUAACAAGUUCUCAAAAAAAAAAAAAAAGGGUACACUG